AUGACAGAAGAAACCACAACGUUAUUGAAUUUAAAAGACAACCUCAAAGAGAUCAAGGAGCAACAAGAUAAUCAAAAAGAGCGACAAGAUCAAAUAAAGGAACAACAAAGUAAUAUAGAAGCAAGGUUAACAACAAUGGAGAAUUCAAUGAAACACAUGGAAGAAAUUAUGAAUAAGUUGGUACGUGCAGCCAAAACUGGUGGCAUAAAAACAAAAGGCAAUGGAGGAACAAAGAUGAAGAAUGGAAAGGUUCAAAUGCCAACUAUAGAAGAUGUUGAAUCAACAGCUGAGGAUUGGGUCUUAUGGCCUGCACGUGCUAUUGGAUGUUGUAAUUAG